AUGUAUAAGCUUUACCAAGAAUUUUGUUUGGAUAAAGGGGUCCAACCAGAAAAGGAAAGCUUUUAUAGGUACAUUUUUAACACUCAAUUUAAUUUGAGAUUCCAUAGACCCUUAGCUGAUACAUGCAGUGUUUGUGAUAAAUUACAAAAUAUAAUUGAUAAUGGUGAAGAUGAAGCAAGAAAAAACGCAGUUACCGAAAAAGAAGUACACUUACGCAAAGCAGAAUCAGUUAAAAUAGCUAGAAACAGUUUUAAAGAUCUCGAAGAUGAAACACGUGUUGCAAUUUGUUUCGACUUACAAAAGAUGUUGCCAACACCAACUCUUCAUACCUCUAAAGCAUAUUAUUCUCGUCAAUUAUGGACGUAUAAUUUCUGCAUUCAUGACAUAAAAACAGGAGUUGGGUACAUGUUUGUAUGGCAUGAAGGACAAGCAUCCCGGGGAUGUCAAGAAAUCGCCUCUUGUCUUUUGAAAUACAUCCAAAGCCUACCAGAACAUGUUACACAUCUUACGGCUUUUAGUGAUAACUGUGGCGGCCAGAACAAAAGCAAGAUUAUCGUAAAAUUCUGGCUGUACAUUAUUGCAAAAACGAAAAUUAAAACAGUAGAUCACAGAUUUUUCAUAACUGGACAUUCGUUUAAUCAAUGCGUUAGAAAUUUUGGUCUCAUUGAGCUAAAGAGAAAAACAACUGAAAGAGAAUUUUUUGUACCGGAACAUUGGGAAGAAAUGAUUCUAAAACCAGUUCAAAAUUUAUGGUUGCGGGUAAACAACCAGAGGGACCUAAAAAAUUACGCAGCGAGCGUUGUAUUGAGACUUAUAGAGCCAAUUAGUGGUACAGGAAGAAAUGUAAUCACUGACAAUUAUUUCACCUCAGUGCCAUUGGAUAAUAGCUUAUUAGUAAAUCAUCGACUAACUACAAUAGGAACAAUUCGCAAAAAUAAGCCUCAAAUUCCUCGAGAACUUCUUGUGAAAGAUAGACCAGUAAAAAGCAGCAUGUUUGCAUAUAGUGAAGACUCUGAUGAAAACCCCAAUAAGUGCCUUCUUGUUUCAUAUGUACCAAAGCGAAACAAAGACGUGCUGUUAUUAUCAACCCUGCAUGAUGAUAGUAAGAUCAACGAUGACACUGGAGAUGCUUUCAAGCCCGAAGUUAUUACAGACUAUAAUCUUACGAAAGGAGGCGUAGAUGUGGUCGACAAAAUGAAAUCUGAAUAUUCAACAGCACGAUUCAGCAAUAGAUGGCCAUAUACCGUAUUCUGUGGGCUUCUGAAUAUAUCAACCAUCAACAGCCAAAUAAUCUAUCGAGAGAAUACAAACAAUAUUAUUACCAGAAGACAAUUUAUAUCGGAAUUUAGUAAAUUGCUUGUAAUGCCUCACCUGUAUAGACGUUCUCAGAUUCCAGGUCUGCCUUAUCUACUUAGUCAAAAGAUUAGAAACAUAACUGGAGAAAGACCAACCCCAAAUAGAGACCCAGCCACUCAAGCCAAAGUGAGAUGUGAAUUCUGUCCAUUGAGAAAAAACAGGUUCACCAAGAGAGAUUUUUCAACCUGUAGAUCACCGAUAUGCAAGGAACAUACAGCAAUAACUUCAUUGACCUGUCGUGAAUGCUAUGGACGGUUUUCUUCAGCUCUAGAGGAUUCCAGAAUGAAACAUCAGAAGAAGAAACCUUCAGUUCAGAAAUUUUAGAUGAAUUUUCAGUGUUUCGUUAGUAUUUUUGUUAUAGUUUAUAACAAUAAUGUUUCACUAAUGUAUAGCUUAAUAGUAUAAGUAAUACUAUACUUGACAAUAUAA